AUGCCCUGGCGGCCCCUUCCGCGGAUUGCUUUUGCAAUCUGCACAUUUCCCUUUCAGCCCUCCUCGCCCGCCGACCUGCCUCUCGAAAUCGGCGACGAACUGUAUAUCAUAGAGCAAGGUGGCAAGGAUGGUUCCUGGUUCCGCGGCUAUCUCGUCGCCCCGCCCUCGCUGCUCGCCGGCCUGACCUCGUCCAAGGGCCAGACCCUCGAAGCCCGCGUUUUCUCUGGUAUCUUCCCGCGAUGCUGUGUCGAGGUCCGCGAAGUCCUGGGCGAGGGCAGGCCGAGCGGCGAAUCCGAUGACCGGCCCAAGGACUACUUCCAGGGACUGCUCAGCACCGAGAGUCAGGGGAGCGACUCCGACCAACCCGUGAACGGUGUUAUCACUCCCGAUGAGAGCACUUCGACGAGCCCGGCGACGGGCAGAAGCCAGCCUGCCGUCACCAACAAUCUCGGCCUGGCCCUGACCCCAUCCGACAAGAAGCGCGAAAGCGUUCUCCUGCGCCACGGUUCGUCCAAAGCAAACGGAGAAUACUCGCCUGGAUUCUUCCUUCCACUCUCGCCUGUCUCGGUGACGUCGAGAGAUCCUAACGCGCCCCGACCACCUGCCCCUGUGCCGAUGCUCAAGAUAGGAGACGAAACGCCGACGUCACUGUCGGAGCCGCUGGUCGACGAAAUCGCAUCAUGCUUACGCGAAUGGCAUUCGACAAAGCUCCACGAGCUUUUGUUGGGGAGGCGAUAUGGAAAAUUAGACAAGAUGACGACACUGGUUCAAAAGCUCGACUCGUCACGAAGACAGCUGCUACACAAAGUCCUGACGAAAAAGGAGUUGGAAGCGGUGCGGGAAGCCACCGUCUGGGAUCUCGUGAGUGGCAACAAGAUGCUGUCGGGGGAAGUCAUCGUACGGAGCCCGUCGCAGAAGGGCCGGAUUCUGACAUCAGAGGACUCCGCAAUCGAAAUUACCCGUCUGCAGUCCAUGAUGAGCUUGUUAGACGAGCGACCGGUGCAGGCCAUGGAUGAACACCUUCCACACCACCUUGCAGUGACGCUACGACACUUCUCCGGCGAUAUCAAGCAUCCAACGACGCUCUGCAUGUCUCUGUGCGCCAAACUCCCCGGCUCGGAUGCAGUCCCCUUGUCCGAGGUGUUUUCCGUGGACCUGAACACUCCAGAGGCUGUUGUUGCAGCUGUUGCUGAAGAGAGAAUGAAAUCCCUCUUUGUCGAUCUGAGCUCAUAUGAUCUCGGUGAGGGCGCAGGUGCAGGUACAAGCUUGUACCUGGUCAUCAAAGUCCUCACAAACGAAGCCGUUCGAACAUCGACCCCUACACACAGCGCCAGCGUCUCUCGCGACAUGUCACAAAGCCCCGCCCCAGGCGGGCUUCAACACUCUGCUAGCGUCAGAGGUGGCCGGCGCAGUUUGAUGUGGGGGGCAAAGAGGAAGGAGUCCGAUCCUGGCGAGAAGCCCCCUGGAUUGAAAGCCGCGACCACCAGUGUGUCUAGGCCAUCCAGCGAAGGUCAGGGAGCGAACGGUCGCGCGACAACACCUAAGGAGGGGAAGACAGUGAAGAGGGCCAUUGCCAUUGGCGUAUUGCAUCUGGAAAACCUCGCAAAAGAUCCGCAAGAGAUCGAACAGGAAGUCACAUUGUGGACACCAAGCCAGCCUUUGGAUGAGAUCGCGGAAGAAUCCGACCCCUGGCCUGAGCUUAUUACAGAACUCAGCCCGAGUGUGACUGGCAGGUACAAGCAAUAUCCUUUCAUGAACCGGCUGCAGAUUCACGUAAAGAGCUUCGCGCACGCAGACGCAGAGACGUUGAUCCAGAAAACACCGACGUUACUUCACAAUGUCACCCAGACCAAGAAGAUCGGAUUUUCUGGCGCUCCAACCAAGCCACGGAGCGAUAUUUAUCUCACGCUGAGCGAACCUUUUCUGCCGCGAAACUGCUUCCUCUCCCACCCGAAGAACGGAUCUGUUACGAUGAGCACAUCGAGCAACAUGGCAAAUCUCCAGCUCACCCUUGAAGUUCGAAAGUCCACAGGCGAAAGGAUCGAAAACUGCAUUUUCCCAUCAGGCAACAGUGCCGGACACACAGCCUGGAGGACCACUGCAAUCGAGAGGGGAGAGGCUUGGAGCACCACCAUCCGUUUUGCGAUCGCUCCCGAAGAUGUUCCUGGAUCCCAUGUGGUGAUGAGCGUGGCAGACGCGCCAGGCUUCCCCUUCGCCCUCUCCUGGAUGCCUUUAUGGACGGACGAUGCUUUCGUACGCGACGGUGACCAUUCCUUGGCCCUGUAUAAGUACGACGAGUAUACUUCUAGCAUGAUCUCUGGACGCGGCGCCUACUUGGCUCUACCUUGGAACGCUCAAAAGAAGGACGAAAGCGGAACUGGCACAAUGGCUACCCUGAAGGUUAAGACUUACCUGUGCAGCACCAAGUACUCCCAGGAUCCAUACCUUCUUGGGCUUCUUAAAUGGAGAGAGCAGGAGGCAGACGGCGUCACUGAUCUGCUGAAGAGGUUCAUGUUCGUUCCGGAGAUCGAAAUCGUCAAACUUUUGCCCGAGGUUUUGGAUGCUCUGUUCGAGGUCUUGGUAGAGUACGCCGGAUCGGACGAAAUUGAAGAUCUCGUAUUCAACACCUUGGUCAUUGUAUUGGGCAUUGUCUACGACCGCCGGUUCAACCUCUCUCCCCUCGUCGAUCAGUACGCUCAAAAUCGGUUCAACUAUCCUUUCGCCACCGCCUCCCUGAUCAGAAGCUUCAAUCGUCUGCUGUCGAAACCCACAAACCCGGACAGCUCUCGGAAGCUUCGUGCCACAUUCAAGGUUGGAGCACAUAUCUUCAAGUUCAUCAUGAGAGCUCGGCAGCAACAGAAAGACAAGGAGGAAGGUAUUGGCCUUGCCAACCGACAGACGAACUUCGUCAAUGACAUGCAGAAGAUCUUCAAGUCCUUGGAAGACCUGAUGUCCAACUCAGCCGCGGCGCUUGUGGGCACCAAGACCAUGCUCGUGCAACACAUCCACCAGUGGCUUCCGGAGCUGACGGUGUGCCUUGAGUCAAAAGAAGUUCUUGAGCUUGCGAGCAGUUUUAUCGACUCCUGCUUCGAAGCCACGGGCAAGCUCAUCCUUUACAAGCUGAUCCUCAUUCUCCAAUUCUCCAAGAUCGAGGCCUUUAAGGACCCAGAGACUCGGCCUACCCUUCUCCAAAACACCGUGCGCUGGUUGGCACCGCACUGGGGAAAGACGGUGGCUGUCACUGCCCAGUGGAAAGAUCAAGUCCGGCUUUGCUGCUCAGUGGUGGCUUCGCAGAUCAAUGAGUUGGGCCCAGAAGCCGCAGACUACAUACCGAAACUCGUGGACUCGUACAUGGCGAUUUCGUCGACCCCAAGAUCUCAGAAGAAUACUUUGUCGCUCCUCUUCCCAUCGUCCUAUCCGUUCCCGUCGAAGCCUACAACGACUGAGGCUGAGUUUGACGAGGCAUUGGUAGAGAUACUUGGAGUUCUUGCAGCUAUAACGAAUCUUCCCAUCAACAUCACUCCCGAUCUACCGAAACCGGAACUUGCCACAUUUUUGUUUGACACCUUACAGGUUUUCCUUUCGUUUUUGGAUGGCGAAGCGUUCCCUAGCUCUUGGCUAAGUGUGAACAUCUAUCAUCAUCGAGCUACGAUGAAGGCCUUGGAGAAAGUGUGCAGCAUUCUUAUCGAUUCAUUCCUUCCGGAUCCCGACGAGGCGGAUGAUUUCAACACCGAACUGUGGCGGUCGUUCUUCGAUGCCCUGCUGAAGCUUGUGGGUAGCGACUCGCUGGCUCUGGAGACUUUCCCCGAACAGAAGCGCCGUGCUGUCUGGAAGAUUGCCGGAGACGUCCGUGAACUGGGUGCGGAGCUUCUGCGAAGGAGCUGGGAGACCAUUGGUUGGGAGACAACACCUGAGGAUCGUAAAGCCUACGGCCUUGAGAAGAUGGGUGGCUACCAGGUCCAAUACGUGCCUGGGUUGGUUGCGCCUAUUGUUGAGCUCUGCCUGAGUGUCCAUCAAGGUCUGCGCAGCGUUGCAAUUCAGGUCUUGCAGACUAUGAUCAUCAGUGAAUGGACGCUCUCGUUCGAUUUGGCUCUGAUACAGGCAGAGAUGAUUGAUUGCCUCGACCAUCUCUUCAAGUCCAAGGAAAUCACUGAAAGCAUCCUUCAGAAGCUGUUCAUCAGCGAGCUCAUCGAUCUCUUCGAGCCUCUUGCCGAGGACCCCGAGGACCCUCUCUUCAAUGCUGUCAAGGAUCUGAUUGGCACCAUCGACGAGCUUCUGGACCUGCUGGUUGCUGUUCAUGGAAGAGAGAACUCUGGCGAGAUCUUCCAUAUCAUGGAUACGCUUCAUCUGAUGGAGUUCCUCAAAGACAUGCAGAAGGAGGAUAUCUACAUCAGAUACGUUCAUCAGCUCGCUGAAAUCCAGGAAGAAUCGGGCAGUCAUACAGAAGCCGGUCUGGCGCUUCGUCUUCAUGCUGAACUCUAUGACUGGGAUUCAAACACAACAGUCCCUGCUCUGGAAGACCCGCCGUUCCCUGCGCAGUCGGCAUUCGAGAGGAAGGAGCAACUGUACUUUGAGAUGAUUAAGCACUACGAAGAGGGGAUGUCAUGGCACAACGCUCUUCAUGCUUACCAGGAACUGGCUGCCCAAUACGAGAACAACAUCUUCGACUUCUCGAAGCUCGCACGAACGCAACGUGCUAUGGCCACUGUUUAUGAGAGCAUCAACAAGGGCGAUCGCCAGAUUCCACGCUACUUCCGGGUCGUCUACAAGGGAAUGGGUUUCCCGGUAUCUCUAAGGGACAAGCAGUUCAUCUUCGAGGGCUCACCAACGGACAGCCGUGCCACUUUCACAGACCGCCUGCAACAGCAGCAUCCUUCUGCGCAGAUUUCGAAUGGUUCCAACGAGGAGGACGUAGAAGGCCAAUAUCUCCAGAUCUACUCUGUCAGUGCGCAGAAGGAUUUGACGCAUCCGAUCUACCAGCGCCCGAAGGUUGGCCAGGCGAUCCGCGAGCAUUUGGUCCUCGCGCGGCCGAACAAGUUCUCGACAACUUCUAGACGCCACGUGAGCGACACGAGCCUCAAGGAGCAGACGAUCCGCAAGACGAUCUACACGACUGCCGAACCGUUCCCCACUAUUCUUCGGAGGAGUGAGAUCAUCUCUAUCGAGCAAGUCGACCUCAGCCCCGUUCAGAGUGCUCUUGAACGUACACUCAGGAAGACGGCCGAACUUGCUUCGCUGGAGAAACGUGUCACCAGCGGAGAGGAUUCUGCUCUGCAGCAACUUACCGAGGCUCUGAUGCUCUCGGUCGAUUCGAACUCACCGGCAACGGUGGCAAGAUAUCGCGAACUUAUCCCUCAACAGCCUGAGCAAGCCGAGUCCAUCGUUGAUGAGGAUGAAGAGCCCGCACCAAUUCAGCUGAGCCAAAUGGAAAAUGCUCUCAAGGUAGCCCUCAUGGAUCAUGCUUUGACAGUCAAGCGUUGCUUGGCCGCAUACACAAGGCCUGCCCAGCAAGCCACGGCAGCAGACCUCACAUCACGGUUCGAGACAACAUAUGCCCCCGAGCUGGAGGCAUUGUUCGCUUUUGGCCAUUCGCCGUUCCCGAACUCGCAGACUUCGUCUUGGAUCAACUCGCAGUCGCGUGCGGCAUCGACAACGCCUACGCCUCAACAACCACAGCUCCUAAAGCAGAACAUGACGAUGCCCCUUUCCGACGCUCGUGCCACGCGGCAGGAGAAGAACCGUCUCAGCCUCACAUUCCUUAAGCGCGGCUCUGUGUCGCAGCCAUUCAUGGAUGGCAAGAGGUUGAAUAGCAUAAGCGGGGAAGAUGUGGACGACGCGGACACGGCGACAACGCGCAGCCGAAGCAAGGACCACGGGCAGGGUGGGCUCAGCCACCGAUUGAGCUUCCUCCACGGAACAACAACCAACGAUUCGAGCACCGGGACCAGCCGGCGGAGCAUGAGCAUGGAGAGGCCCAAGACCAGCCGGAGCGAGUCGUCGCAGAGCCAGAGCAUCAGCGACCGCAUGACGGGUAACGUCAAGAAGCGAUUUUCGAUGCUGAACAUUGGCAAGAAGGCGAGCAAGAACUUUAGGCUCGGGGAGAGCGUGGCGGAGGAGUGA